AGUCAAUAAUAGAUUAGCAGUCAAUUUCAGACCAGUAGGAAAAGAUUUUCUCAUAUAUUAUAUAUUAUUAUUCUAUUUGUAUAUAUAUAGAAAAAUAUGCUUGUUAGUACACCAAUUUGGAUACAUUUAUAUGUAUUGAAAGCUUGAUACAUUUUACAGGAUAAGAUUAGUGGACAUGGAACAUUCUCCUAAAGACGUGGAACGACUGCAAGAAUAUUAUUGACCACAGAUGUAUUUAUAUACAUAUAUAGUUAAUGUUUAUGUAGCAUGUUGCGUGAGUGUGAGAAAUAAACUUGCUAGAUGAUACCAAGCGAUAAUUCUUGUUACUGUGACGACGCGUUCUUUGGCUUGUCAAAACAAUACACGUGACACGAUCGUGUUCUACGUAUGAAAGUUUUUGGGUCGUUUCUUGUUAGUGUAAUUAUUUUUAUUAGAAAUAUUUAAAAUGAAUACUUUUAUACAAAAUGUAUAUAUUAAAGACGGAGAAUAUACGAAAACAAUUUAUUCUAUGAUCAAGGAACAACGAUAUGCAGACACAAUUAAGGUGUUACUUACUCUUUUCGAGUCUCAUCCUGAUUCUAGACCUUGUUUAUCACUUCUUGCUCAUUGUCAUUUUUAUAUGCAAGACUUUGCAGCAGCAGCUACCUGUUACGAAAAGUUGGUUCAAAUAUAUCCAGAAGAAAAUAUAUAUAAAUUGUAUCAUGCUCAAUCUUUGCAUCAGGCUUGCAUGUAUCAAGAAGCUUGGUCGGUUUCCUUAACUGUCAUUGAUUCGAGUAAUUUAAAUUAUAAAGUAAAGAAAUUACAAGCAGCUAUAAAGUAUGGUCAAGAAGAUAUGGUAGCUGCAAAAAAUCUUGUAGAUCAAUGUCUACUCGAUGAUGUGGAUACAGAAGUAAAUUUAGGAUGUCUGUUAUAUAAGGAAGAGGAAUAUGAACAAGCUUUAAAAAAAUUUACGAAUGCUUUACAAAUUACAGGAUUUAAAUCUCAUUUGUCUUAUAAUGUCGCACUUUCUUAUUUCAAAUUAAAAGAAUAUGCAGCUUCUUUGAAACAUAUUGCUGAUAUUAUCGAGCAAGGAAUUAGAGAACAUCCGGAAUUAGGUGUGGGUAUGGCAACGGAAGGUAUCGAAGUUCGUAGUGUCGGAAACACGCUUAUUCUCCAUGAAACAGCUUUAACAGAAGCUUUUAAUCUUAAAGCUGCAAUAGAAUACCAGUUGCAAAAUUAUGAAGCUGCUAAAGAAGCAUUAACCGAUAUGCCUCCACGUUCUGAAGAAGAAUUAGAUGCAGUUACAUUACAUAAUCAAGCAUUAUUAAAUAUGGAUACAAAACCUAGUGAAGGAUUCGAAAAAUUACAGUUCUUGUUACAACAGAAUCCUUUUCCACCUGAAACAUUUGCUAAUUUACUAUUGUUAUAUUGUAAAUAUCAGUAUUAUGAUUUAGCGGCAGAUGUUUUAGCUGAAAAUGUACAUUUAACAUACAAGUAUUUGACACCGUAUUUAUAUGAUUUCCUGGAUGCAUUAAUUACACAACAAACUUCGCCAGAAGAAGCAUAUCGCAAAUUUGAUGAUCUUGCUAACAAGCAUACUGAAACAUUGCGAAAGGCAACUAAACAGGUUCAAGAAGCAAGAUUGAACCAUGACGAUAAUGCUGUUAAAAAAGCUGUUACUGAUUAUGAAGAAGCCUUAGAUAGAUAUGUGCCUGUUUUAAUGGCACAAGCUAAAAUAUAUUGGGACAGAGAGAAUUAUGUACAAGUAGAAAAAAUUUUUAGAAAGAGCGUCGAAUUUUGUAAUGAGCAUGAUAUAUGGAAAUUGAACGUUGCGCAUACUUUGUUUAUGCAAGAAAAUAAGUUUAAAGAAGCGACAGGUUUUUAUGAACCAAUAGUCAGAAAAAAAUAUGAUAAUAUAUUAGAUACAAGCGCUAUAGUGCUAGCAAAUUUGUGCGUAAGUUAUAUCAUGACAUCUCAAAAUGCAGAUGCCGAAGAAUUAAUGAAAAAAAUAGAAAAGGAAGAAGAGAAAAUAUCGUUUGAAGAUCAAGAUAAAAAAUUAUUUCAUCUCUGUAUAGUUAAUUUAGUAAUCGGAACUCUAUACUGUUCUAAAGGCAACUACGAAUUUGGGAUAUCCAGAGUGAUGAAAAGUUUAGAACCUUAUAAUAAAAAACUAGGAACGGAUACUUGGUUUUAUGCUAAAAGAUGUUUUCUCUCUCUCUUAGAACAAUUAGCUAAACAACUUGUUGUUUUAAAAGAUACCAGUUUACAAGAAUGUAUUCAGUUUCUGGAACAUUGUGAAGUUUAUGGACGAGACAUACCUACUGUAAUAGAACAAUCUUUUGAUGUACAAGAUAUUCUAACAGUGGCACCUCAAGAAACGCAAACUGUUGUAUACGAAGCAAGGUAUUUGAAGUCAUUGUUUCUAAAGUUACAAAUGUCUUAAAGAUAUACAUAUGGUAAUAAAAUAAAAUUUGUAUUUAAUAUGCUCUUAGAAUGAUUUUCAAUAAAAUGCAUGUAUA